CCUUUUUUCCUCUGAAGUGAACUAAGGAAACUUAAGUCACUUGCCUGGCUCAAUCACAUUGAAACUGACUUGGGAAUUCCUUUUGGGAAGUAGUAGGAUAUGGAUAUGUGUUUGGUUAUCAGAAUCUGACAAGGAGGCUUAUGUUUUCAUUUAGAGAAAAAUUCCUCUUUGAUUUAUUCUCCUGUGGACUGAAACCAUACCUUUUGAAGAAUCCGGAAUGCAAAGUGGAAAGGACGAGAAGUUUGUGUUGUUCUCUGAACUGGUGUUUUUUUUUGGGAGAGCCCAUUUUUAUUGUGGAACAAUUUAAUGUUUAUAUGGCACCUGUCACUGUGGGAAUAGCAUUAUCGUAGCCCUAAAGAGUUCUAGAAAAACCACGGACACAGGCUAGAAGAAGCAGAACGUGGGCUUUUUGGUCACAUUGUUGGUGGUGGCAUAUACUGGAGUUAGCCAGGAAGCUGGAUUUGCUACCUGGAUCUGGGGCUAACUGGAUCAAGCAUUGGUUCAAGUCUUUUUCAUGUAUCUUCGCGCUUAAUUGCUAUAGAACCCCAGAGUUCCUCAUCAAGCCAGGAACCUGCAGCUGCUUUCAGUGACUUCUGCUGUAUUUGUAGUCUGCAUUUCCGGGAUCCAUGAAAAAGCAUAGUGUUAAGUACAAGACUGGGUGGGGCACUGAGUUUCCUUGAGGAAAUGGGCAGGAGGAAGAGUCCCAUUUUAACUCUGGCUGUUUUCUAUAUAUAAUACCUGAAGUCAGCGUAGUUUUCUGUUUUUAUGUCAUUUUGAAAGAAGACUGAAAGCUAUGGGUAGAACCAGAGACCUUUUCUUAAAGGAUUUUAAGCUUGUUGGGGGGAACCUGCCCCACACCCUAAAGCGUGUCCCGGUCCUGCAGUGUGUCCCUCUGCUCUGAUGUGGUGCAGAGUUGCUGCUUCCAGUCAUAUUUCACAAAGGAUCAAACAGCUCCAUUUGGCAGCCCUGGCAUCACUCAAGGGAGAUAUAGUGGAGCUUAAUAAACGUCUGCAGCAAACGGAGCGGGAACGGGAUCUUCUAGAAAAGAAAUUGGCCAAGGCACAGUGUGAGCAGUCGCACCUCAUGAGAGAGCAUGAGGAUGUCCAGGAGCGAACGACGCUUCGGUAUGAGGAACGCAUCACAGAACUCCACAGCAUCAUCGCUGAGCUCAAUAAGAAGAUAGACCGCUUGCAAGGCACCACCAUCAGGGAGGAAGAUGAAUACUCGGAACUGCGAUCUGAGCUCAGUCAGAGUCAACACGAGGUCAACGAGGACUCUCGAAGCAUGGACCAAGACCAGACCUCUGUCUCCAUCCCUGAAAACCAGUCCACCAUGGUCACUGCUGACAUGGAUAACUGCAGUGACCUGAACUCAGAACUGCAGAGGGUGCUGACGGGGCUGGAGAGCGUUGUCUGCGGCAGGAAGAAGAGCAGCUGCAGCCUCUCGGUGGCUGAGGUGGACAGGCACAUCGAGCAGCUCACCACCGCCAGCGAGCACUGCGACUUGGCUAUUAAGACAGUUGAAGAGAUCGAAGGGGUGCUUGGCCGGGACCUGUACCCCAACCUGGCUGAAGAGCGGUCCCGGUGGGAGAAGGAGCUGGCUGGGCUGAGGGAAGAGAACGAGAGCCUAACUGCCAUGCUGUGCAGCAAAGAGGAGGAGCUCAACCGGACCAAGGCCACCAUGAAUGCCAUCCGGGAAGAGCGCGACCGGCUCCGGAGGAGGGUUCGAGAGCUUCAGACUAGACUGCAGAGCGUUCAGGCUGCAGGUCCCUCCAGCCCUGGCCGCCUCACUUCUGCCAACCGCCCGAUUAACCCUAGCACCGGAGAGCUGAGCACCAGCAGCAGCAGCAAUGACAUUCCAAUUGCCAAGAUUGCAGAGAGGGUGAAGCUGUCAAAGACAAGAUCUGAGUCCUCCUCGUCGGAUCGGCCAGUGUUGGGCUCAGAAAUCAGCAGCAUAGGGGUAUCCAGCAGCGUGGCGGAACACCUGGCCCAUUCUCUUCAGGACUGCUCCAACAUCCAAGAGAUUUUCCAGACGCUGUACUCACAUGGAUCUGCCAUCUCUGAAAGCAAGAUUAGAGAGUUUGAGGUGGAGACAGAACGGCUAAAUAGCCGAAUUGAACACCUCAAAUCCCAGAAUGAUCUUCUGACCAUAACCCUGGAGGAGUGCAAAAGCAACGCAGAGAGGAUGAGCAUGCUGGUGGGGAAGUACGAGUCCAACGCCACGGCGCUGAGGCUGGCCUUGCAGUACAGUGAGCAGUGCAUAGAAGCCUAUGAACUCCUCCUGGCAUUGGCUGAGAGUGAGCAGAGCCUCAUCCUGGGGCAGUUCCGAGCAGCUGGCGUGGGCUCCUCCCCCGGCGACCAGUCAGGGGAUGAAAACAUCACUCAGAUGCUCAAACGAGCCCAUGACUGCAGGAAGACAGCCGAGAACGCCGCCAAGGCCCUGCUCAUGAAGCUCGACGGCAGCUGCGGGGGAGCCUUCGCUGUGGCCGGCUGCAGCGUGCAGCCCUGGGAGAGCCUGUCAUCCAACAGCCACACCAGCACAACGAGCUCCACAGCCAGCAGCUGCGACACCGAGUUCACAAAAGAAGAUGAGCAAAGGCUGAAGGAUUAUAUCCAGCAGCUCAAGAAUGACAGGGCUGCGGUCAAGCUGACCAUGUUAGAGCUGGAGAGCAUCCACAUCGAUCCGCUCAGCUAUGACGUCAAGCCCCGGGGGGACAGCCAGAGGCUGGACCUGGAGAACGCUGUGCUGAUGCAGGAGCUGAUGGCCAUGAAGGAGGAGAUGGCUGAGCUGAAGGCACAACUGUACCUACUGGAGAAAGAGAAGAAGGCCCUGGAGCUGAAGCUGAGCACGCGCGAGGCACAGGAGCAGGCCUACCUGGUGCACAUUGAGCACCUCAAGUCUGAGGUGGAGGAGCAGAAGGAACAGCGGAUGCGGUCCCUCAGCUCCACCAGCAGCAGCAGCAAGGACAAGCCCAGCAAGGAAUGUGCUGAUGCUGCCUCCCCAGCUCUGUCACUGGCUGAACUAAGGACAACAUGCAGUGAGAGCGAGCUGGCUGCGGAGUUCGCCAACGCCAUCCGUCGAGAAAAGAAGUUGAAGGCCAGAGUUCAAGAGCUGGUGAGUGCCUUGGAAAGACUCACAAAGAGCAGCGAAAUUCGACAUCAGCAGUCAGCAGAGUUUGUUAAUGACUUAAAGCGUGCCAACAGCAACCUGGUAGCUGCCUAUGAGAAAGCAAAGAAGAAGCACCAAAACAAGCUGAAGAAGUUGGAGUCUCAGAUGAUGGCCAUGGUGGAGAGGCAUGAAACCCAAGUGAGGAUGCUCAAACAAAGAAUAGCUCUGCUAGAGGAGGAGAACUCCAGGCCACACACCAAUGAAACUUCACUUUAAUGAGCACUCAGGCACCAAAUUCUGGCCCCUGGGGGCAAAACUCUAGCAGGCUAUUGAACCUGCUGGGAGGAAGAAAGGGAAGGUUGGCAGUUACAUCAGCCCUUGGACAAUGGAGUGCCGCCUCCUACUCAGACCCUGGGGUGAGUGGCCUUGCUGACAUGAAGACUGUAUCCACAGGAUCCUGCUCUUCGGACAGUGUGUAAACACAGGCUCUGUGUACUGUGCCCAGCAGGGUCUUGCUUCUACUUUCAGCACUCACUUUCUCACUCCCGCACCUUUUCUGUCCAUCAGUAAGAUCCCAAGCAGUUGUUUUUAUAAGAUUUUUCCAGUCAUUUUUUUUCUUUUUUGUAGACAGUGGACUUGCUUAUAUUCUGGCACCCCAGAUUUCUCCUUCUCUCCUUCAGGGAAAAUCUUGAUGUAGUCUGUACAUCUCCAACAUCUAAAAGGAUUGCUGAUUAGCUUACCACAACAAAGCUUUGGUGUUCAGGUCCCAUGUUAAAGGUCUCACAGAGGUGUCACUAGGAGUUAACAGGCCACAUAGGUGUCACAGUCUCAGAUACACUGGAGAGCAAAACCAAGGCUGUGCCUGUAUUAGAAGAAUUAAAAAACAUUUUACCUUUUAAUUACAGAGGCAGGACUGGAAAGGAUUCUGGGGUUUUCCUUCCCAGUGGACCCUUCUUAAUAGCUAAGGCGUAAGGGUUGAGAAUCACGGACACAGGUAGAACUAAAAUUUUUAUCAGGUUUCUUCAAGAGUAGAGAAGUGGUAUUAGAACUUCUUCCCCCAGCUGCAGGGUACUACACAAUUGCUGUUCUCCUGAAUCAAAACUCACCCACAUGAACACAUUUGUAGCUCUAGACCGAGGCUGUGCAUUGUCAGGCACCAAGAAGAUACUGAAUGUUUUGCAAAACUAUCUAAGAGAGUGCCAGUGAACCCCCAAUUCAACAAGUCCUGCUGUCAUGACAGAGAUGAGGUGAGGACUGGUUGUUAGGUUCCACCUCCCCCACAACCCAAAAUACAUGGUGAUGACUAGCACAUGGUGCUUAAAAGGUUCAAAGUACCAGAAUUCUUUCAGGGAAUUCCUCCAACUUAAAUUCAUCAUCCCUUUUCAACUGUAGCCUUCACUAUUUUACCCCUUCUGUUUUUCAGUUCCACACCAAUAAUUAAAGGAUGACUGCCUUUUUUUUCCCUCCUCUGCAGCCCUGGAGACUGUACCAAGACCUCUGUGAUAAAUGGGCUCCAAUGCCAGUUAACUACAAAUUAAAGUUUUUGUGCUUUAUGAUCAAGUUACCACCGUAGAAUCCUCCUUAUCCAUGAGCUUCGGGUGGGUGUAUUUUUGGGGAACAUGAUUCAAGUUCUUAGGCUUUCUCUGCAAUGGGAAAGUCACUACCUAGGAGGACAGUAAUUUCUACCCUAAAAGUAACAACUAUGCUCAUUGAGGGGAAAUCCCCCAUCAACUGGUAUGAGUCUGGAUCAGCUUUUGGGUGAUCACUGUUUCUAUCUAUCCCUGAUUCAGUCAAGGUUUGCUCCUCUGAUUAAAAAAAAUAUAUAUUUUUUUAUUCUUUGGACAAAGUUACAUUUUGUCAUGAGGAAAAUGUUCUGGCUGAAAAGUGUAUGCAAAAAAAAAUACACUUUAUACAUGAAAUAAGUUUAUCAUUUUUCCAACUUGCCUAGGCAAUGUCCUACACUGAGUGAACUGAGAUGUGCCCGGCUUUCUUUCAACACUGAAAAAUACAUAUGGACCAGCAAUAACAUCCUGCCCACUGACCUCUGCCUCCAUUCCCCCUCCAGCUAAAAUCAGAGAACUUACCCCUUUAGGCCCUGUAAUUCCUCCACACAGGAGAGGCCUAAAGGGGUAAGCACUUCUGUUAUGGUCCCCAUUAGUAUCCCACUUAGCCUACGUUUAUGCUUCAACAAUACUUUUAAAUAUGGGAUGACUGGGUGAACUUCCCGGGCAAAAUUAUCAAUUUUUACAGACAUGCAGAAUAAAGAGAUAAUAAAUUGAUAUCCUUUCAGUAUAUUUUUCAAAUACUCCCCUACGACAAUCUUUGUUGAAGGUAAAGUAUCAGGCAUUUGGUUAUGCUGAUUGUGAGAACUACUGAACACCACUGAUUAAAUGAGAACAGGCAUCUGGGUAAUUUUCCUUUUUGUAUUAUCUGGCUAUACCUGAAUUUUUCUCUAAAUAGGAGGUGGUUUACAUUAACAUCUAUCUCCAUUUAGGGUAAACAAUGAUAUUGAUUUUGAGGUUAACCUUCAGAAUUUCAUAUUUUGUUUUCUCCAGUGGCACUUACCUCUAUUCAAAGUUCAGUCUGGCUUGGCAAAAUGGGAAUAGAGCAAAAGGAACCAUUUGACGAUUUCCUUGGAAUAUAUUUGCCAUUGUUAAACUGAGGCAAAUAAAACCAGUAGGGCAGAAUUCAGAAGUGAGACCUCAGUCCACAACUUAUCAUAUGUGAGCCUACCAGCUGGAUCUGAUAUUCUACCCAAGCCUGGGUAUAUUAGCUGCCAAUACUGUCCUGUACUUGUAGGCAGUAAGAAAGAUUCCUUUUUGAGACAUUUAUGGUUCAACACAGUGUGAUGAGACAGUUGAGAUGUAUCUAUCAUGCUGUCCCUGUCUCUCAUGAGUUAGGCCCAUAUAUGCACUAGAUGUUUCAUCAUUGCCAAUGGAAGUAAUUAGUGUUUCAUAUUCACUUGUACCAGCUAGCAUGUCAAGUUUAGUUCCAUGCUGCCUAAAAGUAGAAUGUUAGGCUAAUAAAAAUUAAGUGCCAGUUAAACAUAAGUGCUUAAUUCUCCUUUCAGAUGCACGUACCUAUACUAAGUCUUCCUCUGGGCCUGCAGCAAUAUUUUACAGGGAUCUCGGAGAACUCUAAAUUAGAGCCUUGACAUAAGUUGCAGCCUAAAGGCUUUUUCCUUAAAGCUGUUAAGAGUGGUAAAACAAUCCUCAUCCUAAGGAAAACUUGAAACUUAUCUGAAAGUCUUCUACUUCCUAGCUGCCUAUGGGUAUUAUUUAAAAAAAAAAAAAAAAAAAGCCCUAUAGUCACCUGGAUAGGGCUGGAAUGCCAUGUCACUGGCAUGAAUUAACUUCCACAGCUGCAUGUUUAAUUCUAAAGAUGCUUUCUAUGACCCACAAAAAUUUAUGCUGUGAUUAUUUUUUAAUUCUGUCAUCACCUUAACUCAAAACUCUCAAGAGCUUGGGUAAGAUGCUCUUGUUUUAAGUGAUGAGAACAGCAUACAAAAAACCCCCCAAACUUUUGUUAAUGACAUCUGAAAGUGUCCUCUCUCCCAUAUAAAGCUUUAAAUUAUUUGCAAAUCCUAAUUAGGAAUAUGUCCUGUUCAUUCUACAAAUAAUUUUAAGUGAAAAAACCAUGCUAAGUUUACAGCUUCACCUACUUAAAAUGCAGCCAGCAUUACAAAGAUUUUAGAACCCAAACAGAAUUUUCUAAUGGUUCAAAUUUUUGUACUGAUCUUAAUUAGGAAUGCAGCCAUAGGGUUGCCAUAGGGAACGGUAACAUAUUUUUUGGGUUUUCUUUCUUUUUGCAGUACAUGACAGCUUUAUACAACACUAGAAAAACUGGGGCAAAAUCAGCCAUUUUCCUGUUUAUCCCAUUUCACAUAUAAUGAUAUAAUCACCACCUUUGGCUUAUCAACUCUCUCUAGAGAGUUUGUAGCAAAGAUAUUACUUGUUACAAAACAAAAAUACAUUUGCUACACAAAUUCUUUUAAGUUUUUCCAUAAUUGAAAUUAGCACUGAACCUGAGCCCUUCUAAAGUACCUCAUUUCACAAACUUGAGGUUAACUCUAAGAAACAUGCCUUGGCUGCCAAGAACUAAGAAUUGGAACUAGAAUUAUCAAUUAAUGUAUUGCUGGCUGCUAUCACCACAGCACCACUGAGCACUAAGUUGCUGUUUAAAAAUAUAAACAAGUGGAAAAGGUACAAAAAUUGAAUAGAAGCUGUUUGUGUAUUCUUAUUCUUCUAAUGCCUGUAUAGAGGAAAUGUGUUUGACAUGCAGACAACCAUUAUGUUUUUGGAUAAGUUAUAGUAGAUUAUAAGUCUCUCACCACAUUACAUCUGAGUGGGAUUUUGCAUGUGCGCAAGACAAAAACCAUUUGGUCCCAGAAAUAGCAACUGCUGUUGGAUUAGUAGUACAUCCUUGAUUUAGUACUUCAUCUUUCCAUCUUUUCAUCUGCUAAUCAUCUGAAAUAGGAGUUCAGCAGAACAGACCAAUUUUAUGCAGAAUUACAUCACAUUCACAUGGAUUCCCUGCUUAAAUAGUUCUUGCUCUCAUUUGCUUUUGCACUUUUUCCUAAUCAAAUUCACGUGGGAAAAUAUUCUGUUUGUAGAACUCCUAGUAUUCACUUACAGUGCUCAUGUCAGCACUCCAAGUAAAUUGAGAACUCUUAAUAAUGUGCUUUUGUUUGAACCUAAUGCAAAGAUUAUGAAACAUGUUCACUUCUUUCCUAUUUCUAAUCAGUUUGUAGACAUCUUGUCAAGACUCUUACUUUGCAUGAGAUUUUAAGUUUCUUAUUAUUUGAAAAUGUGCUUUUAUACCACUUGAAUUAUUAGAAAAACCUGCUUGAAUGUACUGCCAGUUAUUAAAGCACAUGUGACUAAGUUUGCAUUUGUCAGUAUUGUUCUGCUGUUUGUACUGAAAGUCUCAUUUUAAAGUUGCUACUUAACACUGUACUAUACCUUGUAAUUUUUAGAUUCUUCACUUGUAUGCUUUAAAUGUUUCCAGAUGCCUUUAGUUUUAGCUGCUGUAAAACAGCUACUUUGUGUUAUUUGAUAUAGAAUUGUUUAAAAAAAACUCCAUUUAUUUAUACAGAGACAUUUAUAAUAUUUUACAAACAUUCUUAUAUUCUGAAUAAAUAUUUCUAAUUCCA